GCGGGCGGGGCAUGCGUCAGUGCCGUCAGUCACAGUCGCGCAACGAGCGCUAAAUUGCAAGGACGUCGGGUGGCGCCGCGCCAACCCGUCGCGUGCUAGUGUUGUGUCACAGCGGUGGGCCAGGUCGGUUUCGAGAUUUCUUCGUACCGACACAACAAUGGCUCUCAACUCGGACGCUGAACAGAAAUCGAACCUGGUCCUCCGCGUGGACCAGGAUUCGGACUCGGUUCUACAGUCAUUGUUUGACACAGUGCUCAAGCCGGACUCAAAACGGCCGCUGCAGGUGCCUCUCCGUAUGCGACAGCUUCCAAAGUCGUUCUUUAACCCGCCGUCGACCGGUUCCAAGUCGCCAUCUGUGUCUCACUCGCGAGAAAACUCGGCGGACUCGGCGUUCGGAUCGUCGUCCGCGACUGGCGCCGCACCAGUGUCACACUCUCGAGCACAUUCAUCACCAGCCAGUUUGCAACAAACGUAUGCAGCGGGUCAGCAAAAUCAACAGGCACCGCUGCAUCAUCAACAUUCAAAACAAAGAUCGUAUGAUGUUGUAUCACAUAUUCCAGACGAUCUUGGGCCUUUGCCUCCUGGAUGGGAACAAGCGCGUACACCCGAAGGCCAGAUUUAUUAUCUCAAUCACAUAACUAAGACGACGACCUGGGACGACCCGCGCAAGACGCUGGCCGCGCAGACGGUAGCGGCUGUGCAGCAGCACCAGAGCUCGGAGGCACUCAUCAGCCAGGCGAAUGCGCAGCCCGCCAUACCCACUGUGCCCACACCUGCGAAGAGUACAAGCACUAACACCACGACUGAGUCCAUACCGUUACCGGAAGGCUGGGAGCAGGCGACGACUCCGGAGGGAGAAACGUAUUUCAUCAAUCAUGCCGCUCGUACGACGUCCUGGUUCGACCCUAGAAUACCCCAACACUUGCAGCGCACGCCGGCGGCGAACGCGGGCGCGGCGGGCGGAGGCUGGGCCAACGCGUCGCUGCAGGCCUCCCAGCAGAAGCUGCGGCUGCAGUCGCUGCAGCUGGAGAGGGAGCGCUUGAAGCAGCGCCAGCAGGAGAUCAGACUCCAGCAAGAGCUCAUGUCGCGGCAGGUCACAUCCUUGUCAAAUAGCAUAGGAACUGUGGCCAGUACGGAACUGUCUUUAGACCCAUUCUUGUCUGGGUUAACUGAUCACCAGAGACAAGAAUCGGCCGAUAGUGGGCUGGGCAUGGCCGUAUCUCAGUCUUACUCUAUGCCCCACACUCCGGAAGACUUCCUGGCCAGUAUGGACGACCGAAUGGAUUGUAGCAGUGAAGCCGGCGCUAAUUUAGACUCAAAUGAUAUGACGCUGGGCGACAACCUUGAUACUACGGAGGACUUGGUGCCUUCUUUGCAGUUGAACGAGUUCACAAACGACAUCCUGCUGGACGACGUGCAGUCGCUGAUCAACUCGACGCCCAGCAAGCAAGGCAACGUGCUGACCUGGCUCUAACUGCCCCACUACAAACUUUCAAAUUAGGUAUUAUAUUCAUUAGCGUACUUACCGCUUCAACACGACGCCAGCUGAACAGUGUCGGUGACAAAACGGUAAAAAUGGUGUACAUUUCACUAUUAAAAUUACAGUAAAUAGGUAUAAUGUGCGCAUGAAACGUAGCGGGUUUAUAGUGAUCGAGCGUAUACCGCGCUCCUUUGUGUCGCCUCGUCAGUCCCGCAGAAUGAGUUUUGAUGGCUCUGCAUUUAUUCACAUGAGACAGAAAAUUAAAUUCUGCGGAAAAGACGCUCUUAGACGGAUUGUGUAUGUUUGAGUUCGAUGGAAAUAACAUUGUACUAAUCAAUCAACACUGGACAUGUAUUGUCCUGGGAAUUGUUUACAAACGAUGUUGAAUCUUGCGUUGAAUUAAACUAAAAUUGUAUAAGUAAGUAAAAGAGUUUUAUAGGUAAGCGUUUGUCGGAGGACACACGCGGAAAACUGCAAAGUUUCAAGCCAUGACUGUCACUAAUGGCUAGUCAUUUUAGUUAGAUAGUUCGACAUGAUCGGGCCGAGUUCGCAAGCCUUCUUUCGUAACAGAAAGGUGAUGUAUUGCUUAAGGAACGUAGAAACCAUUAGGUUUUCCAUAUUCUUUGCAUCUAAGACUAUCGGAAAACCUGAAAUUAAUUCGUAACUAUAUGAACUAGGUUUUCCUAAUUGACUAUAUUCAUUGUUUAUUACUAAAAUAAAAUUGUGAUAACAUCUAAGCAGUGCCUUACAAAUGUUAUUUAUUGUAUUUUGUCUAUAUUUAAAUGUUAAAUAAAAUAUUUCUACACUUUUUUACGCUCGGAAUUUUGAUGUAUUAAUUUAAGUAUAAUUAAAUUACUUGUAUGUAUCGUAGCAAUGUUUUGUCGACUUACACCGUCCUUUCAUACUUAUUCUUAUCGAGAUUAUUGAUAGCUGUUAAGUUUUAUGUUUAAUGUGACCUACAUUAUUAUUAUGUCGGCAACUAUUAUGUUUACUAUUUACUUAGUUACUCGAGUGAACAAUAUGUAAGUUCUGCGUUGCUGGAUCGCAGCUAGCGCCGCGUUAAGUGUAGCUCGAACCCGACAGUCGCCUCGAGCGCGAUGUGGCUGUACACUGUACAAUGUACACUGUACACUGUACACUGUACACUGUACAGUGUACGUGCAAUAUGGACGAACUGAUAAGCCUUGUAAGCGAGAUAGGCACCUGUAAAGUAUCUUGUUUUCACUGAUCAGUGCCAACUGACACUAUAUAGGUAAGUGUACCUUUUCGUCUAAGUAAGCCAUUGAAUUUAUCUUAUCGACCUACUCAACCUAUCUUUAUUAUCUUGUCUUUAUGUCAAUUCUUCUCAAAAUUGUGUUUUAGCCCACCUAGUCUUUAGAUGUUUUAUUACUUAUACGCGUGUGAUGAAUUCAACUAGCUUGAUUGAUUUACGUUAUUGAAAUUAUGCCUUUUAUGAUUAUAUUAAAUGCUACAUUGAAAACUUUGCCAUAUUAGUAAAAUACUUAUUCUUGUAAGACUUAAUGUAAUCUUCAGUUUAUUGAAAUAGUUAUAAGCAUCUGUGUAACUAUUGUAAUUAGUGGUAACGGUGCUGGGUUUUUGAUACAUUUAAUUUUGUAUUCUGUAGAUCCAUUUGUUGUACUUUUAUUAUGUAUUCGUGUAAUAGUUUUUAUAUCCCAUAAGUUGCGAAGCUACACAUAUUGUUCGGUUCAUUAUUCUAUGGUUCCCUUUCAAUGUAGUUGUUCCUCGGAGCGGAGUGAGGUACUGGUAGCAAGCUCCGCGGGUGGGCGUAGUCCCGCUCUAACUGUCGACACAUUCAGAAACAUUCCAUAUUGCUUGCAGUUCGCAGCCACGCCACCGUCGGUGGUCCAGCGCUGAUAACGACAGAAUGAUAUUCGGAACAAUAUUUCAAGUGUAAAAUAUAUCGUUUAUUUCUAAGUAUAGUCUUAUUACAAACAUAUCUCUCAGUCUGAUAACAGAUGCAAGUUUUCUCUGUAGUGUAUGUAACAUUACGUGUAUCAAUGUAAUAACAAUGAAGUGUCAAAGGUAAUAUUACAAUAAUUUCAUUGUAAAUAAUUCGAUAUUCUUAUAUGAAGUAAAUAAAUAUUUGUUUUAAUACAUAAAA